CAUGACUUUCAACAUUUUCAUAAUAACAAGUGCAUUAGACACACACACACACACCACGAAUAAAUGCGUAUCUUCGGAACCUUCUGUGGUCAUCCUCCACGAAAUUCUUAGCGUAGAAUAAAUCUGAAUUUACCCAGCAUUCCUCAUCACCCCCACAGGCGCGUUAGAUUUCAGUUUCAAGCCUUCAGUCAUUUUGCAUUCUUGCCCGCAAGUGCAGCAAGAAGCAGUGCUAUUUGUGGAAAUGAAUCGCGGAUUCGGCGCUGCGCCGAUUUCCCAGUCAGCUUUGUUGCUCCAGCGCCAAUUGGCCGAGUUGAACAAGAACCCUGUGGAGGGAUUCUCCGCUGGACUCGUGGACGACAGCGACCUCUAUCUUUGGGAGGUUGUCUUGCUGGGCCCACCGGACACCUUGUACGAAGGUGGCAUUUUCAAGGCUCAGCUCGUUUUCCCAGAGGAAUACCCGUUGCGACCUCCGAAGAUGAAAUUCUUGACGGAAAUUUGGCACCCGAACGUUCACCAGAGCGGCGAAGUGUGCAUCUCAAUCUUACACGAGCCGGGGGACGACACCUAUGGUUACGAAGCAGCAUCUGAGCGCUGGUUACCCGUACACACAGUGGAGACUGUGCUCUUGAGCGUGAUCUCAAUGCUCGCGGAUCCCAACGCGGAAUCCCCGGCUAAUAUCGACGCUGCGAAGGAGAUGCGAGAAAUGCCUGACGAGUUCCGCAAGAAAGUCGUCACUUGUGUUCGGAAAAGCAUAGAAGAAUUUUAAUCAUGUUCUUGAUUUUUUUUCUAGCUUUCUUCCCUGAAAUCACCGAAUACAAACACUGUUCGUAUGAAAUUGAGGAA